AUGACGUCACCAUACGCGUUUCUAAAAAUAGCUACCCAACCAAGACCCAACCAAGGUUUUAGUGUUGCAGUACCGCUAUUCCUCUACUACUCUUAUACGCAGUCUAAGGAYCUAUAUCAGCUUUCGAAAUGCCUUGUACCCAUUGGAUCACCAAUAUGCAGACGAUGUCGCGAACAACUUAAAGAMGAAAUUGAAUUACAAACCUCAAUCAAUGCCGAAAAUGAAUCUUGUGCUUCUGCUGCACCUGCAUUCGAAACUGUACCUGCAGCUACUCCAUUCCAAAAAGUUUGUGACAUUCGUCAAAGAAAGUAUGAUGAAAAGGUUGGGGAUAGAAAAAGUGACGGCGGCAGUGUUGAGUCUCUGACGGAGGCAAUCGACCAGCUAGCUAUCCCUGCAGAUGACCAGACGUUUAUUUUUUCUGGAAGUAAUAGCUCUACUUCAAACGAAGAUGAACAAAAGCAACAAACUCGUCUCAGAAAACAUCUAAAUGAGUUCCUUGAUGCUUGUGGUAAACCUCAGUUAAUUGGAAAGCCAAAAAAGCAGUGGCAAAACUUGAGCAUGCGCGCCAAAAAAAACCAUGUGUCAAAAGCUGGAAGUGCCAUCGUGUCGAUGCUUGAGGUCAUAGCACCGGGUGAUGCCGGGAGCCUCUGGCAGGCUGUACAGGAUUCCCGUGUAGUAGACAAGGCUCUUGGGGUAAAAUCUCCUGUCAACUACAAAUACCUGCAAGCACUGGCAGAAACUUAUUACAACGCCACAGGGUGGGACACAAGAAGACAAAUACUCGCCAUCAUGGCAGAUUUGGUCCCUUUAAAGGAAAUACAGCAACACAUACCAGGACUCACUCCUUAUCGUUUUGAAGCUGCUAGACGACACAUCCUACAACAUGGCCGUGGUGCUACUGUACCUCUAAGUAGGAAUGUGAGAGUUMAGAUAGAUGAUGUGAAGUUAGAUCACUUCCUAUCUUUCAUAACAAGCCCUCACGUUGUCCAAGACCUUCCCUUUGGACAACGGUAUCUUCAACUCUCUAACGGCCGCAUUCUUGAAACUCCAAAUGUCAUCAGGUCAAUGAUACCAUCUAGAAUAUGUGACCAAUACAGUCAAUAUUGCCAAGAAACUGGCGUGAAGCCUUUCAGUACUUCUACCAUGCGACGCAUUUUAUCUGUGUGUGCAGCCACAGUACGCAAGUCCUUACAGGGCCUUGAUUACCUAUCCGCUGAUGGUGCCAAAGCCUUUGAUGAUUUACUUGAUGUAACAGCUAAGCUGGAAAAUACUCGAGGCAGCGAUUGGCUACAGAAAUGCGAAAAGUCCUUGAAAAGUUCAAAGCAAUAUAUCAAGACUGACUACAAGGUAUAG